GUAAACAAAUAAAGAGAUAAAGUAUAGUCAUCAGCAUCCCAUUUUCUCUUCCCUUUAUCUUGCUUUCCAUCUAAGCCCUUUAUCCCUUUUUCCAUGCUCUCUUUUACCUUGUUAGAGAUUUAAAUUCUCUUGUAUGCUACUAAUAAUUCCCAUGACAUGAUACCUCUCACAUUCUAAAUCCUAAGUUUUGAGGUGAUAAUAACAUAACUUCUCCUUCUUCUAUAUGUUUGCUUAUUUAACAAGCUCUUCUAUGUUUUCAUAACUUCUCUACUUGCUUCUACGUUUUUCUUUAGGUCCUAUUCUUUAGUUUAUUUUUAUUCUAUGAAAUUUCACUUGCCAUAGAAUUAGGAAAUAGAAAUCAUGUCUAUAAGAUUCCUCUUGUGUUAGUAUAUAAUAUAUACUUCACCAUCAGGUUCAAGCGCAAGUGGUUGAUGCACAGUGUCUGUGAGUGUUGUAAAUCUCAUAGUAUCGAGUUUGAUUUCUAUGAUAAAAAGAAAAUUUUAAUAUAUACUUCUCCCAAGUCCUAAGGGUGGUUAUUGUACUAUGGCUUCUCUUGGAAAUCCAAAAGCUUGGGUUCCAUAUAUGAAUAGCAAAGAUUGUUCUCAAGGUUUUUGUAGCGUCUAUUGUCCACAAUGGUGCUAUGCAAUCUACCCUCCACCUUCUCCUUCUCCCUUUGAAUUCCCUGAUGAAGAUUCAAGUCCAAAUUUUUCUCCUCUUGUCAUUGCAAUCAUUGGAAUCUUAGCAAGUGCUUUUCUUCUUGUAACUUACUACACCAUAAUAUCAAAGUAUUGUGGUCGCAGAGAAUCAUCGGCGAGUGAAUCGCGUGAAGCAAACGAUGAAUUUGAAGACGACCAUCAUCAUCAUCAUAACCCUUCGAUCCAUGAACCAUGGCAUGUUUCAACAAAUGGAUUAGAUGAAACUUUGAUCAAGUCCAUAACAGUUUGCAAAUACAAAAAGAAUGAUGGAUUGGUUGAUGUAACAGAUUGUUCUGUUUGUCUAAACGAGUUUCAAGACGAUGAGAGUAUUAGACUUUUACCUAAAUGUAGCCAUGCUUUUCAUCUUCCUUGUAUUGAUACAUGGCUCAAAUCUCAUUCUAAUUGUCCUCUUUGUCGUGCUACCAUAUUCGCCUUCAACUCUUCAAAUUCAAGUGCUGCAACACUUCAUCUGCCAGCUCCUGUUAUAGAAAAUCCUUCAACGAAUGAAGUUUCCUUAGAAACUCAACAUCCGAAUGAAGUUUUAGAUGUUGAAAGAGACAAUGAAUUGGAUGUGGUGGAAGAAGUUCCAAUUCCGAAGACAGAAUUUCGUGCUUUAAGUGAUUUAGGAAAUUUAAGAGGAAGGCAUAGUGUGAUUGAGAUUAGAGAUCAUAAUGAAGAUUAUCAUGAAUCAAUUCGAAGAUCGUUUUCUAUGGAUCAUUCAUUUCAAAGUGGUGUUUUGAAUGUUGAUGAUGUUAAUGUUAUGCAUAUGAAUCAAGAACAAGAUUGUUCUCAAGGUGAAGGUUCAUCAAAGAGGUUAAGAGGUGAAAGUGAAAGUAGCAAGUGUAGUUAUAGAAGAAAGGUUUUGCAUUGUGUGCUAAGUCCAAUUGCAAUGAAGAGAUCAUUUUCAAGUGGAAGAUUUUUCCUUAGCAGAAGUGGUAGAGGAAGGCUUGGAGUUUUGCCACUCUAAGAAAUUUUUCUUUUACCUUUUUCUUCUUUUUAUUCCUCUUUGUGAAAGCAUGAUAUGAUAUUUAACAUGAUUGAAUCUCUAUAUUAUACAUAUUGAUAUUAAUAUCAAAGCCAAUCCAACAAAGUGUGUAAUGUGUAA